AACAGCACCAUGGCCUCUGCCAACCAUCGCGGUGGCGGAGGACGAGGUGGAGGUGGCGCUGUCGCCGGAGCCGGAGCGGAUGGCAAUGCGAUUGUGGGGCUGCAGAUUGGUUCCGCCUGGUUUCAGCGUAAGAUCAACCUGAGGCCGCAGCACCGCGGCGUCCACCUGGUCACCGAGGAGAUACUCCGACAGAUGCCGGAGCUGGCGCACUUUUCAGUGGGAUUAUGUCAUAUGCAAAUUCUUCACACCUCGGCGAGUUUAGCGCUAAACGAAAGCUGGGAUCCAGACGUCAGAGACGACAUGGAAAUGAUGUUGAAUAAAAUAGUUCCCGAGGGUUUGCCCUACAGGCAUUCGUGCGAGGGACCCGACGAUAUGCCCGCGCACGUGAAGGCCUGCUUCCUGGGCAGCUCCCUGACAAUCCCGAUCACUGACGGCAAGCUGUCGCUGGGAACAUGGCAGGGCGUUUGGCUUUGCGAGCACCGCGACCAGGCCGGAUCCCGGAAGCUGGUGAUCACGCUGACCGGAUGUCCACGCGAACAGGCCCGCAGUCCGCUGUCACCCGUCUCGCCGAUCGCCAGCACGUCCAGUUAGGGGCGGCCUCGCUCCACCCGCGACAGCCGGUAAUCGCGGGGGAGCGACAAUAAUGCCAUCAUUUCGUCGAGGCGGCUGAUACUGCAGAAGAAUAUGGCUAAGGCGAACCUGGCGCAGCAGCGGGCGGCGGCGGUGAUUGCCGCCGGUCGGGGAGGUUUGGGUGGUGGUCACCAGGAUGCCCUGGCGCCACCCAAUAUCCCCGGCAUGGAGACUAAGACCGGUCGCCUUCUGCUCCGCCAGCAGCUGCACCUCAAUCUAAAUCUGAAUGUGCAGGAAACGUUGCGCGAUGGCGUCGAUAUCGAUGAUGUGGAUGAGGAUGUCGACGAGGACCUAGACCUAGAAACCGUCACAACAGUGCCUCUUAACAAUGAACAACUUUAUGCUAAGGUCACCACCACAACAUCCAGUUCAUCAGCAGCGAGCAGUGCAUUAGCUAAAUUCAAUCGUAUCAUAGACUCCACAUUGGAGCGACCACCAGUGGCCGUUGACUACUCCGGAUUGCCACAGCUGAGCAGUGCCACACUGCAGCAGCGCUUCAACCUGGCCUAUCCGGAGUUGGUGAUCCAACAGCAGCAGCAGCAGAAGCAGCAACAGCAGCAGCAACAGCAGCAGCAACAUGAUGCGACCAAGCAGAUCAGCAGCCUCCAGGGGAACCCCAGAUUGGAUCGUGGAACGGACGCCGUUGCCAGCACUCCAUUAACACUUCAAGCACCCAGAACUCCAGCAACGGCGACGAAGGAGCAACUUGAUUUGGGGCAUCCCCACGACGACACAGACGUCGUCGACCACGAUGAUCAUCCCCACCACGACGAGGAUAAUCAAACGAAACGAAAUGAUGUGCAUUAUUUGUUGAAACAGUUGAAUAGUUUUAGUGACAUAGAAGAAAUAGAAAUUGUUGAUAUGAAGCAAAGAGGUCAGCGGCCGCCGAUGGCGUCCAGUUCGUUGGCCACCAUGAUGCCGCCGCCCUCGCCUGCACCGCCGGCCUCUCCAUCCACGCAGUCACAUAGACUGGGUCCGCGGUUUGCCUCCUCCGGCGACAGUUCGCUGGUCCUGCCGCAGCACCAAUUCGACGACUACCUGUUCGAGUCCUGCCACUACCUGGAGACAAACUAUUUUGCCGCCACAUACCGCACUGCCAUGGUCGAGAGCAGCUCCCACGAGUUCCGGCCCUCGACCAACAGCAGCUCGAACAGCUUCGAGCUGCACGAGAUGGAGGCGCCCAGUGUCAUCUGCAAGGCGGGGGUGCCGCCUCCACUGGUUGCCAGUCAUCCAGGUCAUCCAGGUCAUCCGCCGCCGCGAUACCAAUUCGAGUACCAGGCGGAGACCCGGCUGACCACCAGUGGGGUGCAGACGGAGCUCACCGUCGAAUCGCUGGCCAAGAUGAGCAACUGCAGCGGGAGCAGCUCCUCCUCUACGACGAGGGCUCCUCCCAUCUUCCGGUGCUGCUACACGCCCAUCGAUCGCUGGCGGGAGAGGAGGCAGCAUCAGAAGAGCUCCCCCGCCUCCUCGUCCGCCGCACAGCCGCCCAAGAACGUCUGACCCUGGGCGUGGCAGUCCACGUGGAGACCCAACAUGUGCCUGGCUAACUUAGAUCAGGGAUGCAAGCCAAAGGAAAUUGGAAUGGGUUCGGAAUUCAAAAUCAUGGGUUUUCCGGGUUUUGUGAAUGGUUUCCACUUGAAAUUAAGGAAAAAAGGAAGUUAUCAGAAGCUUUUGGGGAUUGGAAUUCUUAUCCAUAAUACAGCUUUCUAAAAUGAUUUCAAGUUCAAAAUACUUUCAUCAAAACUUGCUUAUCUAAAAUUCUGGUCUUUAUUAAUAUUACAUUUUCCGAACCACUAGCCUUACGAAAUAUGAUAUUAUACGAGUAGGAGUAUAAUCAGAAAUGGUUUGCAUCCCUGUCAUUUUGGUCGCUGUUCUCAAUUGCGAUAUCAACAAGAGAUUCCAUUUCGAUCGACAGUCGAUACACGAAUCAUGAAUCACUAAUCAUUCGGUGGAAGUUCAUUAUGUACAAUUUAUAUAUUCUAAAACGUAAACAAGAAAUGUUAGAAAACAAUUUUUAUACACACACCAGCCACUCAGACAUUCGCACAUUUUUGCAAUACACCAAAAUAAGUGAUUUGGAAGUUUGUAUGAUAACCUAAGCGUUGUUACAUGUUCAGCAGAAAACCUGGUUCGCCAUUAGCUACCGAUUCCCAUUGAAUUUUACCGGCUUUCCCCUCUAGAAUUUUCCCGUUGAGCGAGCUAGCCAAGUUUUCCGCUGGGCAUUUACCUGAGCUGAACUCAACUUAGGCCUAAAGUUGUAUUGGAAAGCGUUUCAGCAGAAGAAGCUAUUGUUAAAAAUGAUUGAGAAACGAGGGGACGCGAGAGCUUGUAUAGUAAGUUAAUAAAUAAAUAACAAUAUGGCGAAUCCAGUUGAAAGUGGCCAGAUCAGAAGGACGCAGGCGCGCACGCUGGCACUCUUGUUUUAAGCCUAGACUCUAGAUUCCGAUUCUCUUGGCUUACAAAGUCCAUUGGCCCGUUUAUAUACAUAUAGCAUUCAGCUUGGAAAGAAAUCAGCGAGCGCCUGGUCUUAGUGAUCCCCAGACGAAUUGAAAAGGGAAAAAGAAACGGACACAAAGCAAUUGUUACAUCAAUUAGACAUUAUAUUCUGUUAACCUAUCAUUUAUCUCGAUUAUUUCUUCGGACGAGAAGCUUUUAAGGAAUUGUUGUUUCGAGCACAAGAGAUACUGGCUAUGCAAGCAAACCAAAUAGGACACAAUUCAACUUUUAGCCAACCAAGAGCAAUAUUAGUUCAUAAUCAGUUUGGAUUCGUCAAUUCUGUUGAUAGCAUAUGCAAGUAAAUACAUCAAAUAUAUCACUACCUUGAAUAAGCCUCGAGAUCACGCUUCGGUUUUUCGGAAAAUAAAUAUACAUAUAUGCGCAUUGGAACACCUCUAGUACUGAGUUUAUUUCACCAAUUUCCCGCUGCUGCUCAAUCGAUCAAAGGAACUGAGACUCACUCUAGUUUCAGGAUCUUCGGCUGAGUUCUUCCAAUUGCAAAUCUGCAAAACUAUGAAACCAGCAAAACCUGCAUUCCGAGGGGAAACACCACGAUAAAUGAAAUGAAAACCAAACAAAUGCCUUUAACCUGCCCACUCUUACACUAAAAAAAAACAACACGAAAGUAACCCAAGAAUGGUAACCAAUGUUAGUCGAUAAUGCUCUAAGAAAAUCGCAAAUCCCUGUAAAUCACAAGCGAAGCGAACUAAUUUAUUAAAAAUAUAUAUCAACACGUUGAUUAUGUUAAUCAUUGCGAACGACAUAACAAAUAAGUUGUUAUCAAACGAGAAUGUGGGAGUAAUGGGUCAUAUAACGUUAGAGUACCUACGUAUUGUUGUAUUGUUUGUUUUAUUCGAAGCGCUAAAAAUGUAAUAAACAUUUAAGUAAUUGCUAGAGCAAAAACAAAAAAUGGAAAUGAAAUAGUUGAGAAAGGAAUAUGGGAAGGAAGGUCGAGACAAACCGUAGUUAAAGUGAAAUUUUUGUAAACUUUUUGAUAUGUGAUGAUGAUUUGGAUAAAUUAGAGCAACAGUGGAAAGAAUUAUAACCUUAACCUAGUCGUAGAUAUUAAAUCUUAUUAAAAUGAGUAGCACAAAAGCCAGUGGGCAAAAACCGAAGGGAACUAGCUGAAUUCUAGGGAGGAUUAGCAUUUGGCCAGUUGUUAUGCAAUAAAUGUAGUCUCGGCCAGCCGAAGCACCAAUCAGGUCUCCUUCCGGCAUCGGGAUCAUGUAGAUCAGAUCUACACAUCUACACAUCUAUGUAGAUCCGAUCUGAUCCGAUCCGAUACGGUCCAGAGGGAACUGUUAUUAGCAAUACUAAAUAUUCAUGGCAAUUCAAUUGUAAAAUUGUAUUAACGAGACAUUGAUAAAUCUGAAUAGAGAACGCAUUGUAGGAGCCUAGUUGAACGAACCGAACCCCAGAUGAGAUACGAAUUCAAAACGAUCCGAUCAGAUCGAAAUGAAUACUAAGUGUAAGUAAGCCGCCAGUAAAUAUAUAAUAUUCAAGUGUAAAUAGGACUUCAUUUACAAUAUCUUGGUUUAUUGAUUGUUUUCGAUUCAGACAAUUAUGCGUUAGCCAUGAAGGGAAGAUAUGCGGAUAUAUGAAUAUAUUACUGACACGAGUAAUCACACAUGAAAAAGCUUUAAUUAAUUUAAUUACCGGAAAUGAAACCAAGUGAACCUACUACAAGAUAUGUAUUUACAAUACUCAUUUUUGAUAUCAUUCCCAUUGGUAACGUACGGAUUCCAUUGUAGAUACCUAUUGAGCCAGUAAUUAAUUAACUAGUCCGCUAAGUCGUCAAUGUCGCCUAAUGUGAGUUCUAUAUAUUGCAUCAGAUAAUACAAUAACAGAGUAUUUUAGCUGUAAACAAACAGACCUGGAACACCCGAAAUCCACUUAAGACAAGUAGACAAACACCACACAUACACACACACAGACACACUCGACACACUAAGCUUUUAUAAACUAUUUAACAAAAAUAUAUAUAUACUAUGGAAAAUAAUAAUCCUGCCAAGUAACAUUCGAAUACCUGCUUGAAGAAGAUACACCCGCUUUUGCUAAGAAACCAAAAACGAAACGAAACGAACAAAACCAAGAUUUAAACCAAGAUGACGACAAUUGUAAUGAAACCAAUAAUAGAGACAGAUAUAGAAGAGACACUAGGGCUAAAUACGAUUUUUAUACUUUCGAUAAAAUGGUUUUUUAUACUAAACGUAAAAACUCUUUGAAACAGAGCGCGCAGACGUGGCGAUCACUUUAGAAUCACUUUGAUUUGGGUCAUGAAUAAAGGUCAUAUUAUAGUUAUAUAUAUAAUAUCCGUACAUUAUAUGUGUAAAGCCCUAACUGCAACUAUGGAACGACAGCACAAAUUUUGUUGAGCAAAAGGAAAAACAUACCGAAAAAGCUGACAAGUGGAGAACAAAAAUCAAAUACUGACUAAAGCAGAAAAAAUCGUUUUCAAGUCUAGUUCUUAACACACCGACACACACUCUCUCUCACACCACACAGACACACACACCCACGUGCAGCAACAUAAAAUCAAAUAUAUACUAAAUAUAUAAACAUUUAUGUAUAUAUUUAGCAAAUGAGUAAAUAAACCACACCCGCACAAAUCGCUCUCAAAAACGAAUUACGAAUUAACUUGUAUGCUUUGUAAGCCCAAAAAGGCGAAAAUAAGAAUGCACGACCGGCAGCCAGCAAAAAUCUCUAGCGGAAAUGUCCACAAACUUAGCCUGCAACAGCGAUUUUUGUAUGAGCAAACAACUAAAAUUUGUAAAUAUAUAUUUCUUGAUUUUAUCAAAACCCAAAGGCGAUACACUGAAAUCAUUCGAGUCCUUAGUUUUAUCCUAAUUGCAACUGAAACUCUUUUUCUAUAUCUAUCCAGAUAUCGGAGUACAUAAGCGAGAGCAUUCUUUAAAUGGAAAAUUAUACCAAGAGUAAUGAACAAUGUCAACUACAAUAAAUUAGCAAAAUGGAGGCGGGAGAAGUGAAUGAAAUUAAAUAUUAGUGCAAUAAUUAACAAAUUAUUCGGUAUAACUAAAAUGGAAUACAUCUAAGUAAACGCUUUGUAAAAUACAUAUAAACAAUUUAUUAAAUGGAAAAAGGAAAAUGGAAAACAUUAAAAACGAAUAAAACCCAGAGGAAUGGAAAAUGAAACACUAUUGAGUAAUAAAAGCAUUGACAUUGACACACGUGAUUCGAUAUCUCAUCUAAUAAGAAUAAAUCAAUAAGAUAAUAAUAAAGAGAAAUUCAAGAAAAUGCAAAACGAA